AUGGCUUCACCAGGCUUGAACUUCCGCUGCGCGCUCGUCACGGGCGGCGGCGGCGGCAUCGGAAAAGCGCUCUCCUCCUACCUCAUCUCGCAGGGCAAGAAAGUCAUUAUCGCCGGCCGAACCGAGUCGAAGCUUCAGGGGUCCGCUCGCGAGAUCGGAGCGGCAGCCUACUACGUACUAGACACGGGUCUCGUCGACACGUUUCCCUCGUUCAUCGCCAGGAUCACCUCCGAGCACCCGGACCUGGACUGCUUGGUCAAUAAUGCGGGGGUGCAGCGGCCGCUGAAGCUCGUGGACGAGGAACCGGAAGACAUUCUCGCGCGAGCAGAUCAAGAGAUCGAUAUCAACAUCCGUGGUCCCAUGCAUCUCACGCUGGGGUUGCUCAAGCAUUUCAGGAACAAGCCUGACGAUGCUCUGAUCAUCAAUGUCUCGUCCGUGCUCGGGUUCGUGCCCUUUGCGGUGAUCAAUCCCGUCUAUUGCGGCACGAAGGCAUGGCUGCAUUUCUGGAGCAUGAAUCUUCGGACGCAGCUGUCUAAAGGGGGGUCUGAGAAGGUGCGUGUAGUGGAAAUCGUGCCUCCCUCGGUAGCAACGGACCUGCACCGCGAACGGGAUGACCCGGAUGACAACAAGAAGGACAAGAAUCCCAGUGUUCUGUCGGUGGAAGAGUUCAUGGAGGAAGUGAGUGUGAAGUUGGAGCGUGGCGACGAGGUAAUCGCACCGGGCAUGAGUGACGAUAUCGUCCGGCGGUGGUAUGAGCAGUACGAAGACUUCUACAAUGAGAAGACGGCUUGA